GUCAAGCCUUGGGGUCCAGGGAAUUGCAGAGGGGCUUCAGUGAGGGCCUGCUGUCUUCUCGCACCCGAAUGGGUCUCUCCUCUUCCCUUCCCAGGCAGCACCGACAGCUGGGGCUGCAGCUUGAGUGAUGGGAAAAGAAAGCCUUACUCCACCAGGCCAUUAGCAGCACUCACAGCAUUAAAAAUGCAGGAGGUGGAUGGGAGGAGAGAGGGCCAGGGAGGAAGACUAAUGCAGCAGCUGAGGCUGGGAAGAGACAGGCUUCUCUCUCCUCAGAACCCAGAUCCAGAUUAGGAGCCAAAGAAUGAGGGGAACUUUUGGUUUAAAAGACUUCUAUGGUGGAAAUGCAAAGAGGGCGUCCAGCUGGUUGUUAGGGAGAAAAUCAGUACUUUGGGCUUCCUCAGCCUUAGGACAGCGUGUUCACUCUUUUGAGGGGCAGGACCUAGCCUAGCUUCCUGUGUCCACAUUGCCUACAGCACUCCUGGCUCAGCAGCGCUGGCUUGGUGGCCAGUGUUGGGGGGGUGGGCUUCCGGGGGACCGUCCUCUUUGCGCGCUCAGGGACUCCCCAGUGCUCUGCCCCGCAGGUCCUCGGGCCUCCCGCGCACGACGAUGCCGGCCGCGUCCACCAUCCACGUGCUGCAGCUGCUGCGAGAGCUGCUGGCCUUCGUGCUCCUCAGCUACACCGUGCUCAUCGGGGCGCUGCUGCUGGCCGGCUGGACCACCUACUUCCUGGUGCUGAAGUGACAGCGCCCGCAGCCCCGCCCCCCGCCGCGCCCGCCUCGUGCCCACCCCCAGCCGCCAGCCCCACGGCGCGCUGCUCCGCCCCCGCGCCGGACGCGCUCCACUCGCUGGCGGAAGAACUCUGCGCCUCGUGCCCGGCCUAGGGCUGCCUCUCGAGGCACGGCCACGCCCGGGUUGGAGUCCAGGCUCCCCUCACGACGGCCGGCUCC